GAGGUGAGUGCGAUGGCAUGGCAUGGCAAGUCCCUGCUCUUGCUCCAUUACUGUGACUCAGACCUCAGUGCAGGGCAGGGUAGGCAUUAACGCGGCUCACCCACCAAUUCGUUCGCUUCCUUUCGGCUCGUUCGUCCGGCCGGCCCCUACGGCAGCGCAGCCCCUCCCUUCCCCGCUCGCCAUCCAUCCAUCCUCCGCACCACACUCUCCCUGUGCGCUGCGCAGGGCCAGUGAUGCAUGCCACCCUCGUUUCUAAUUCCCCAUCGAUCGCCAGCCCACUGCAACCCACGGCACCAGCAUCGCCGCUGCAGCAGAAACAUUGCCACCACGCCGUAUUAAUUCGGCCCUCUGUGCGCAGGAUGCUCUUUGCCUGCUUCUGCUCGCCACUGUUCAUGUUCAUAUAACGCUCGGCCAGCACUCAUGCCGGCGCCGGGAUCCAUGCCAGGCCAAGAAAAGAUGGAGCAGGCAGGAGGGGUGACCGGAGGGCAAGGGCCGAGCAAGAACAACGAAGCCAAGAACGGCGAACCUGAUGCUGCGGCAUCGGCCCGUGCGCCCAAGGCCGCCACCGACGUGCGUGUGCCCGCUGCCUUGCCGCACCACCGGCGGUCCAAGAGUGCAUCUUCCGGCAGGAACUUGGAGCCAUGCAAGCACGCGGCCUCGCAUGGCGCGGCGGAGCAACGCUGCGGCCAAGAACAGGUUGCCAUCACGCCCUUUUCGGCGAAGCCGGACGCGAGGAAGUCUUACGUGACGACCGCCGGGGGGACGGUUCACCAGGCACUGAGAGAUCACAGGCCGAACGCGUCGCCGAACCACCGCGUAUCUCUGGAGAAUGAUGUUAGGCAGCUGCAGCUCCAUUUGCAUCAGGAGAGGUCUAUCCGGGUCAUGCUUGAUCAGGCUAUUGGCCGGGCAUCCAGCACUCUGUCUCCCGGCCAUAGGCAUUUCCCAGCCCAGACCAAGGAACUGAUAGCAGAGAUUGAAUUGCUUGAAGAGGAAAUCGCCAACCGCGAGCAGCAUGUUCUUACUCUCUACAGAAGCAUCUUUGAUCAGUGCAUGUCCGGGCCAUCGUCGGGGCAGAGUUCUGGUAUUUCUUCCCCUGCGCACACCAAGGGUAUCAACUCCAGAACAAGAAGGCAGCCAAGCAUAAUACCAAGUGCAUUUUGCUCAUCCAAUAAGCUCCCACUUCAGCCUUUCCACAUCAUGGCGUCGGUGUCAGAGUCGGGGAGAACCAAGAAUAUGCUCAAGGCCAAGAUCAAGCAUGAAUCUUUCUCGAGCGAAACAUUGAACAUUCAUCCUAUAUCCUUUCCACCAGAUCCAAGGAAGCUACCUUAUUCUGGGAGUGGUUCUCUGGCUCGCACCCUGAAGGAUCACCUUUAUCAAUGCCCAAGCAAAAUAUCUGAAGAAAUGGUUAGAUGCAUGGCCUCCAUAUACUAUCUUCUGCGCACUGAGGUACCAGAAAAGCCUGAAAAGGCCCGCUCACCAUUCUUGUCAAGAUCAUCAACAAAUGUCAUACUUCCUCGGAGGGUGAACGGAGAGGAAAAUAGUUUAUCAAACAACAAAUGUGCAGUAGAAGUAUCUUCAAUAUCACUUGACAAGAAUCACAUGCCAGAGGUCUCUUACGCAAUUACCCACUACAGGUUGCUUGUGGAGCAGCUUGAAAGGGUUGAUCUGAGCAUGUCAGAAAACAGCAUCAAAUUGGCCUUUUGGACUAAUGUGUACAAUUCUCUUAUCAUGCACGCGUAUCUGGCAUAUGGAAUUCCAAACAGCUCUCUGAAAAGAAUGGCGCUAUUUCACAAGGCUGCCUACAAUAUUGGAGGACAUGCCGUUACCGCCAACUCCAUCGAACAGGCCUUGCUGUGCUUCAGAUCUCCACGGAUUGGUCGUGUACUGGUUCGAGUCCAUUCUCUCGACGGCAAUGAGGAAGAAAUGCGCGGACGAGAAGCAGCUGGUCCAGCUCAAGUUCGGCCUGCAGGUCUGCCAGCCCCUGGUCCUGUUCGCCCUGUGCACCGGCGCUUCAUCCGACCCCAUGCUGCGGGUGUACACGGCCAAGAACGUCAUGGAGGAGCUGGAGGGUGCCAAGCGGGAGUUCCUGCAGGCCACGGUGGUGGUGAGAAAGUCCAAGAAGAAGGUGUUCCUGCCGCGCCUCCUCGAGCGGUACGCCAGGGAGGCGUGCCUCGGCCCCGACGACGUCCUCCCGUGGGUGCAGCGCGAGGGGGGCAUGGCCGCGGACGGCCAGGCGCAGCAGGACGCCAUCCAGCAGUGCGCCGGGAGCCGGCGGAAGGCGGCGCAGUCCGUCGAGUGGCUGCCGUACAGCGCUAGGUUCCACUACGCCUUCGCCAGGAGCAUGGUCGACAAGCCACACUGCUAGCUUCGCCUUGCAGUUCUUCGUAGCAGUGGUAGCUGAUGUAAAUGUCUCGUUGAUGCUGCAUUGCUGUGCUCGGAUCAUCGAAAUGAUUGGCAUGAGCUUAAGAAGGAGCACUAGCAAUCAAGCAAGUGGCAAACGACGAGGAGUCUGCUUAUUUUGCCAGCAUUGUACAGAGACUGGUGGACUGCUAUGGUUUCUGGCAGAGACCAUCUGAAUUCAUUCAAACUGAUUCAAACUGUUC